CCGAACAUUACAGCAGGACGGAGUUCAAGCGAGAGAGUGGAAGAGGGAGGGAAGAGAAAGAACGGAGAAAAAAAUAGAAAAGUGAGAAAGAAGCGAACUUGUGCGCAGUUGCUGUGGACUGAAAAGGGAAGUUUGGAGCUCAGCGACACGGAUCCACAUUAAGUCCCUGGAGUUUUUCUGAACCCCGAGCGUCUGCACCGGAACAGCAGCAAGCAUGUCGGCCGCUGACAAGUUCCUGUACGUCGACCGUAACCUGGUCAACAACCCGUUGGCGCAGGCCGACUGGGCCAGCAAGAAGCUGGUUUGGAUCCCGUCGGAGCGUCUAGGGUUCGAGGCCGGCUCGGUGAGGGAAGAACACGGCGAUGAGGUUGUCGUGGAACUGACCGACUCGGGAAAGAAAGUGCGGGUUAACAAAGAUGACGUCCAGAAGAUGAACCCGCCCAAGUUCAGUAAAGUGGAGGACAUGGCCGAGCUGACGUGCCUGAACGAAGCGUCCGUGCUGCACAACCUGAAGGAGAGAUACUACUCCGGUCUGAUCUACACAUACUCAGGGCUCUUCUGUGUGGUUAUUAACCCGUAUAAGAACCUGCCCAUCUACUCAGAGGAGAUCGUGGAGAUGUAUAAAGGCAAAAAACGACACGAGAUGCCUCCUCAUAUCUAUGCCAUCACAGACACAGCCUACAGGAGCAUGAUGCAGGACCGUGAGGAUCAAUCCAUUCUGUGCACGGGUGAAUCUGGUGCUGGAAAAACAGAAAACACCAAGAAAGUCAUUCAGUAUCUGGCACACGUGGCCUCAUCUCACAAAACCAAGAAAGAUCAGAGCAGUUCAGUCCUGUCACAUGGUGAGCUGGAGAAACAGCUUCUGCAGGCCAAUCCCAUCCUGGAAGCGUUCGGUAACGCCAAGACAGUGAAAAACGACAACUCAUCUCGUUUCGGCAAAUUCAUCAGAAUCAACUUUGAUGUUAACGGAUACAUUGUUGGAGCCAAUAUUGAAACCUAUCUGCUGGAAAAGUCACGUGCCAUCCGUCAGGCUAAAGAAGAGAGAGCCUUCCACAUCUUCUACUACAUGCUGACGGGUGCAGGAGACAAACUGCGCUCUGAACUGUGUCUGGAGAGCUACAACAACUAUCGUUUCCUGUCCAAUGGGAACGUGACUAUCCCGGGACAGCAGGACAGAGAUAUAUACAUGGAGACCAUGGAGUCCAUGAGGAUUAUGGGAUUCUCUGAGGAAGAGCAGAUCGGUCUGUUGAGGGUGGUGUCUUCUGUUCUUCAGCUGGGUAAUAUGGCUUUCAAGAAGGAACGUCACUCGGACCAGGCGUCUAUGCCUGACGAUACAGCUGCACAGAAGGUUUGCCAUCUGAUGGGAAUAAACGUGACCGAUUUCGUACGUGCCAUCCUCUCACCGCGCAUCAAAGUGGGUCGUGACUACGUUCAGAAGGCACAGACGCAGGAGCAGGCGGAGUUCGCCGUUGAGGCGUUGGCUAAAGCUACUUAUGAGAGGAUGUUCCGCUGGCUGGUCAUGCGCCUUAACAAAGCUUUAGAUAAAACCAAGCGUCAGGGCGCCUCCUUCAUCGGCAUCCUGGACAUCGCUGGCUUCGAGAUCUUUGAGCUGAACUCUUUUGAGCAGUUGUGUAUUAACUACACUAAUGAGAAGCUCCAGCAGCUCUUCAAUCACACCAUGUUCAUCCUGGAGCAGGAGGAGUAUCAGCGCGAGGGCAUCGAAUGGAGCUUCAUCGACUUCGGCCUUGACCUGCAGCCCUGCAUCGACCUCAUCGAGAAACCCGCGAGUCCUCCAGGAAUCUUGGCUCUUCUGGAUGAGGAGUGCUGGUUUCCAAAAGCCACAGAUAAGAGCUUUGUGGAGAAGGUUGUGCAGGAACAGGGAACUCAUCCCAAAUUCCUCAAACCCAAGAAACUGAAAGACGAGGCAGAUUUCUGCAUCAUCCAUUACGCUGGAAAGGUGGAUUAUAAGGCAGAUGAAUGGCUGAUGAAGAACAUGGACCCUCUGAAUGAUAACGUGGCCACGCUGCUGAAUCAAUCCACUGACAGGUUUAUUUCAGAGCUGUGGAAGGACGUGGAUCGUAUCGUAGGUCUGGAUAAGGUUGCCGGGAUGUCGGAGUUGCCGGGAGCGUUUAAGACUCGUAAGGGAAUGUUCAGGACAGUCGGGCAGCUCUAUAAAGAGCAGUUGUCCAAACUCAUGGCGACUCUCAGAAACACAAAUCCAAACUUCGUCCGCUGCAUCAUUCCCAACCACGAGAAAAAGGCGGGUAAACUGGACUCUCAUCUGGUCCUGGAUCAGCUGAGGUGUAAUGGUGUCCUGGAGGGCAUCAGGAUCUGCAGACAGGGUUUCCCCAAUCGUAUCGUCUUCCAGGAGUUUAGACAGAGAUAUGAAAUCCUCACACCUAAUUCCAUUCCUAAAGGAUUCAUGGAUGGGAAACAGGCCUGUGUGCUGAUGAUAAGAGCCCUGGAGCUGGAUCCUAACCUGUUCAGGAUUGGUCAAAGUAAAGUGUUUUUCCGUGCUGGAGUUCUGGCUCAUCUUGAGGAAGAGCGAGACAUGAAGAUCACCGAUGUCAUCAUCAACUUCCAGGCCUGGUGCCGCGGUUUCGUGGCCCGCAAAGCGUUUGCUAAGAGACAACAGCAGCUGACAGCCAUGAGAGUCAUUCAGAGGAACUGCGCUGCUUACCUCAAACUCAGAAACUGGCAGUGGUGGAGACUCUUUACCAAAGUGAAGCCUCUGCUCCAGGUCAGCAGACAGGAGGAGGAGAUGCAGGCCAAAGAUGAAGAACUCAACAAAGUCAAAGAGAAACAGCAGGUGGCUGAACUACAGCUGAAGGAGCUGGAGGUCAAACAACAACAGCUGAACGCAGAGAAGUUAGCGCUGCAGGAGCAGCUGCAGGCGGAGAUGGACCUCUGCGCAGAGGCCGAUGAGAUGAGGAACCGCCUCGUGGCCAAGAAACAAGAGCUGGAGGAGAUCCUUCAUGACCUGGAGGCUCGUGUGGAGGAGGAGGAGGAGAGAGCCAAUCAUCUGAUGGCUGAGAAGAAGAAGAUGCAGCAGAAUAUUUCUGAUCUGGAGCAGCAGCUGGAUGAAGAAGAAGCCGCCCGACAGAAACUGCAGCUGGAGAAAGUCACCAUGGAGGCCAAGCUGAAGAAAACCGAAGAGGAGGUGAUGCUUUUCGAGGACCAGAACAACAAACUGUCCAAGGAGAAGAAACUUCUAGAAGAAAGAAUCUCAGAGUUCACCACCAACCUGGCCGAGGAGGAGGAGAAAUCCAAGAGCCUGCAGAAACUGAAGAACAAACAUGAAGCAAUGAUCACAGACCUGGAAGACCGUUUGAGACGUGAGGAGAAACAGAGACAGGAGCUGGAGAAGAACCGCAGGAAGCUGGAGGGCGACUCCACAGAACUCACAGAUCAGAUCGCAGAGCUACAGGCGCAGAUCGCCGAACUCAGAGCGCAGCUCGCCAAAAAAGAGGAGGAGCUUCAGGAGGCGUUGGCCAGGAUGGAAGAGGAAGCCGCUCAGAAGAAUCUGGCUCAGAAGAAGAUCCGUGAACUUGAGGCUCAGCUCAGUGAACUUCAGGAAGAUCUGGAGCUGGAGAGAGCAGCUCGCGCCAAAGCCGAGAAACACCGCAGGGAUCUGGGAGAGGAGCUGGAGGCGCUGAAGACCGAGCUGGAGGACACGCUGGACUCUACUGCAGCUCAACAGGAGCUCAGGACAAAGCGUGAGACAGAGGUGGCCCAGCUGAAGAAGACUCUGGAAGAUGAAGCUAAAGUUCACGAGCAGCUGGUGAUUGAGAUGAGACAGAAACACGGGCAAGCCUUCGAUGAGCUCAAUGAACAACUGGAGCAGGUCAAGAGGAACAAAGUCUCAGUGGAGAAGACCAAGCAAGCUCUGGAGUCUGAGAGGAACGAGCUGCAGAUUGAACUGAAGACGCUCAUGCAGGGUAAAACUGAAUCUGAAUAUCGCAGGAAAAAAGCUGAGACACAACUGCAGGAGCUGCAGGUUAAACACGCUGAGAGUGAACGACAGAGACUGGAACUGGCUGACAGAGUCGCUAAGAUGCAGAGUGAACUUGAUAACGUCAGUGGUCUGCUGAAUGAAGUUGAAGGGAAAUCGAUCAAAGCCACAAAGGAUUAUUCUGCUGUAGAGUCUCAGCUGCAGGACGUACAGGAAGUUCUGCAGGAGGAGACGCGACAGAAACUGUCUUUGAACACCCGUCUGCGACAGAUGGAGGACGAGCAUCACAGUCUGAAGGAGCAGCUGGAGGAGGAAGAGGCGGCCAAGAGGAACCUGGAGAAACAGAUGAGCACCUUACAGACUCAGCUGGUUGAGAUGAAGAGAAAGAUGGAACAUGAGGUCGGUUUUCUGGAGAACGCUGAGGAAUCUAGGAAGCGUCUGCAGAGAGAUCUGGAAGGCGUCACACUGCGUCUGGAGGAGAGGAACGCAGCAUACGACAAACUGGACAAGACCAAGACCCGUCUGCAGCAGGAGCUGGACGACAUGGUCGUUGACCAGGACCACCUGAGACAGAUCGUCUCCAACCUGGAGAAGAAGCAGAAGAAGUUUGACCAGAUGCUUGCAGAGGAGAAGACGAUCUCCGCUCGGUACGCCGAGGAACGCGACCGUGCCGAGGCCGAAGCUCGUGAGAAAGAGACUCGCGCGCUGGCGCUCGCCCGAGAGCUGGAGACCCUGACGGACAUAAAGGACGAACUGGACCGGACCAACAAACUGCUUCGUGCUGAGAUGGAAGACCUGGUGUCCUCCAAAGAUGAUGUCGGCAAGAGUGUGCACGAGCUGGAGAAAUCCAAGCGUGGUAUGGAGCAGCAGCUGGAGGAGAUGAGGACUCAGCUGGAGGAGCUGGAAGAUGAGCUGCAGGCGACCGAAGACGCCAAACUGCGUCUGGAGGUCAACAUGCAGGCCAUGAAGGCUCAGUACGAGAGAGACCUGCUAGGCCGAGAUGAGCUGGGAGAGGAGAAGAAAAGACAGCUGCUCAAACAGGUUCGUGAGAUGGAGCUGGAGCUGGAGGAUGAGCGCAAACAGCGUGCGGUCGCCAUGGCGGCACGUAAGAAGAUGGAGCUGGACCUGAAGGAUCUCGAGGCAGCCAUUGAUCAGGCCAACAAGGGCCGUGAUGAAGCCCUCAAGCAGCUGAAGAAAGUGCAGGCUCAGAUGAAGGAUCUACUGAGGGAACUGGAGGACACUCGUCAGUCCAGAGAUGAGAUUCUGGCUCAGAGCAAAGAGAACGAGAAGAAGAUAAAGAGCAUGGAAGCAGAGAUGAUCCAAAUGCAGGAGGAACUGGCGGCCGCCGAGCGAGCCAAGAGACAAGCACAACAAGAGAGGGACGAACUUCAGGAUGAGAUGAACAAUCUGAUGUCCAAAGGGGCUCUGGGCUCAGAAGAGAGGAGGCGUCUGGAGGCUCGUAUCGGUCAGCUGGAGGAGGAGUUAGAGGAGGAGCAGAAUAACACGGAGCUCGUGAACGACCGUCUGAAGAGAGCUCUACUGCAGGUGGAUCAGAUAAACGUGGAGCUGACGGCCGAGCGCAGUAUCUCUCAGCGCCUGGAGGGGGCGCGCGCACAGAUGGAGCGUCAGAACAAGGACAUGAAACUCAAACUCACCGAGCUGGAGGGAGCCGUUAAGAGCAAAUACAAGGCCUCUAUCGCCGCCCUGGAGGCCAAGAUCAUGCAACUGGAGGAGCAACUGGACGUUGAGACCAGAGAGAGACAGCAGGCAUCAAAGAUGGUGCGUCGUGCGGAGAAGAAGUUAAAGGAGGUGAUUCUGCAGGUGGAUGACGAGAGACGCAGCUCAGAGCAAUUUAAAGACCAGGCUGAUAAGUUGAACAGCCGCAUGAAGCAGCUGAAGCGACAGCUGGAGGAGGCGGAGGAAGAGGCGCAGCGGGCCAACGCCAACCGCAGGAAACUGCAGAGAGAGCUGGAGGACGCCACCGAAUCGGCCGAUGCCAUGAACCGUGAGGUCAGCAGUCUGAAGAGUAAACUCAGGCGUGGAGAUCUUCCUUUCGUCCGUCGUAUCGUCAGUCGUUCUGGACUCGAGAGUGAUGAAGACCAAGGGGAGGCCAAGAGUGAAACCCCUGAACCCAAACCAGAGUAAAGGAGCUCAUCCACCCCACAAACACACACAUAAACAUCAUGGACACAAACUCAGAGAUGCAUUUGUUUUUGUCUUUUUUUAUUAUUUCAAUUUAGUGCCAUAGUGUAUUAAACACAGACAAACACAUACGGCGGUUCUCUCGACAAUCAAUAUUCACAAUAUAACUUCACUGAAACCGAGGACCAAAUUUGUGUUUUCAUGUCUUGGGAAUGAUAACAGGGAAUGAUGUUUUUUAUAAAGAGACAUCCCGUCGAUGACAGUCCUGAUUCUGAAUCUUAUUUUUCUAACUGACGUAAAAGGAUGUGUACAAAUAUGGUUUGAAAAAGUGAAGAAAACUUAUUUGAAGGGGACCAAAGCAACGUUGCUUUCUACUAAACUGUAUUUUAUUCAGAAGGUUUUAUAAUGGUAUAAGGAUGAACAUACUCUACUAUAGCUUGCUCUUUUUCUCUCUCUCUUCUGCUGGUCGAUAUGAUAAUAUUAUCACACAGUUAUGCUUUUGGGCUUCACACACAAUAAGACAUUUAGUACACAUUUAGUAAAGCAGCACAGAUAGUUUUAUUACAGAUAACAUGUUUGUCUCUUUGUUCUGAGUAAUAAAAUGGAUGUAGUUUUACUGCACUGGUGAAAAGGAUUGAAGGAAUAAAGACUCAUGUAGACGCGGCACUAUGCACUAUAGCCUUAAAAAAUGAUUGCUGUUCUUAAACGCGUUUCCUACGAAAAUUAACCAUGUGUUUUUUAUAGUAAAUGUGUAGUAAACACUUUUUUUGUUUCGAUUACCACUGCGGUAACCAUGAUGUAUUUGGGUUGACCUUUAGUACAACCAUGGUUAAUUUUCGUAAGGGCCAGUUUUGUACUUUAAGGAUCUUUUAUGUUUAUGAAGGGUGAAGGGCUCCAGCUUUUCUUUUGAAACACACACAUACACACACUGUAAACUCUGAACACAUCUUUGGGGUCACUUGAGUAAAGUCUUCAUGGCUACCUCUCAGGUCAUUACGUUUAACAUCAUAAGUGAUCAUCCAGAAGACUAAAUGUAAGGGAUUGAUGUUAUUAAAAUGUGCUCAGUUUCUGCUCUUCUGUGAGGAAGUGAGAGAGAUGUACUCUUAUAAUGUCUCUUAUACAAACUUCAUGUUAUUUUCUCUUAUUGCAGCUCAUUAUUGAUAUCUGGAGAUUUGUCAUAAAUUGAUGGUAUAAUUGCAAUAAAAUGGCUUUUUAAAAACUCA